AUGGAGCCGAGCAAACUCCCGAAUAGCUUCACAAGGGCAAUUCCUUCCUUUGUUUUAAGAAAGGGUGGCGACCAAUCGCAAUUGUCUUCUAAAGAUAAAAGAUAUGUUCAACAGAUCGAAAAGGUGUUGACAUCUUUUGACACUUUAGACGAAUGGGCGGACUACAUAGCGUUUCUUUCAAGACUCCUGAAAGCGUUGCAGUUGACAGAAGACCCCAAUAUGUAUCAUACAGUUAAGUGGAUUCCAUAUCCUUCUCAAGUGGCGAAUAAAUUAUCUCUUUGUUUAUCAUCAAGACUACCCAGUGGUGUGCACCAGAAGACAUUAAGCAUUUAUGAGACUAUUUUCAAUGCAUUGACUCCCGAUACACUCAAUAAAGAACUUUCAAUAUGGUUGCCAGGUUUAUUACCCGUUCUUUCAUAUUGUUCUAUACUGGUUAAGCCACAAUUCAUCAGAAUAUUGAAGAAUAUUAUCCUUCCAACUAUCAACAGUAUUAGUUUGAAAAUGGUUACGAAGCCACUCAUUUUGUGUUUACUACCAGGUUUAGAUGACGAAAAUUCAGAGGCCUUCAACGAUAUAUUGGAUUUAAUGGAUUCAUUCAAAUUGAAGCUUAAUGAUGACACCCAUUUCUGGCAAUGUAUGUUCCGUUGCAUAAUUAGUAAUCCUGAAAAAAGACUAGGGUCAUUGUUCUGGUGCAACAGGAGAUUGCCAGUUUUCACGUCACUAAAAGAAAACGAUACGGUGUACUUUUCUGAGGAGGCGAGGUCUUGUCUAUCACCGGACCCUGGCCUCUUGAUUAGAGCAUUUGCUACUUCCAUCAAUUCUCUGACGACACUUAAUACUGCAAGUGACAUAAUCGUUGUCAGAGGCUUUUUCGAUAUAUUGUUGUCACAUUUGCCAUUAGAUAGUGAUGCAUUUGAGAGGCUUGUAUCAGUGAAAGAUAAGGAGUUGUUAAUAAUGGCUUGUUGUAGAGUGACGCUAAAAAAAGACAUGAGUUUAAACAGAAGGUUAUGGAAUUUGUUCUUGGGUCCUGAAGUCGAUCCUGACCAUUCGUUUUCUAUGUCCAGAUCCACAUAUUUUGAGCUGUAUGCCUUAACAGAUUUGAAUUCUGGGUUAUUGAAGUUGGUGAACAGCGACGAUACGAAAUCAAUUGUUGACGGCUUCCGAAUCGCUCAAUUAAUCUUAAUGGACAAGUGGGAAAUCAGCAACUUGCUUACACCUAAAUUGUUUUCACCAUUCUUGACGAAAUGCUACGAUAAUAGAGAUGAUGACGUAAUUUUGAAAGCUGCCCAAUCCUUUUUUGAUGGAAUAGAAUCUUCUUACAUUUGGAAUGAUAUCAUAAACAUUUUAGUGGAAAAUAACUCUACAAAAUUGGAUCUUCUUGAAUUUGUCUUGCGGACUUUUAAUUUCAAUGAAGAAGAAAUGAUUACAGUGCACGCUCCUCUUGCUAUCCUAUGCUUACUCACUAAUUCCGAACUUAGCUUGGAACGUCUAAAUAUACUUGAAUUAUUAUUUGGUUUGGUUCCACCUCGUGCAUAUUCCCCAAUUGAAGAUGUAUCCGAGGCAAAUUAUUCGGAAGAGAAAAUAGUUGACCUAGUUAAGGAUUACUACCACAGGCGUAUAUCUGACGAUACUAUCGAGUUUCCAAUUUCAAAAGGUGGAUUAUCAUACACUAUUCUACUAUUAGUAGGAAGUAUGUUCGUUAAAUAUAUCCUGGAAGAGAAGAAAUGCCUCAGGCUUUCUACUAUUUUAUGUGAAAUGUUUUAUAACAUUCCAAAUAUAGAGGCUGGAACAUUGUCAACCAUAAAUCUUAUCGAUGCCAUGCUCGCUUUAGAUAUUACCAAUGAUUUAUCAGAUCUGGCUACUAAGCAAAAGAACUUAUUGGUUGCGUUUGGAAUUUCUAAGGUGUUCAGUUACCUUUCCAAGUCAAUUGCCGAACUUCAAAGAAAAAAACUCUUAAAGAUUAUUUUGACAAACAUCUGGUCAUCUAUACAUUCCCCAUGUCCGGCAAACCAUCAAGUCGAAGCGGUAAAGACCAUUUAUGAAUUGGAAUUGUCUUGUUCAAAUCACAAUAUCGAGGCUGGAGUGUUUGAUCUUUUGAAGAAAUUACCAAGAUCCAGCAGAGUUCGAGCAUUCGAGACUCUCUGGACUCACUCAACAUCUUUUAGCGAGGGAGAUUCAAUUCUAAUUCGGCCGAUGCAAUUAAUUUUGGAUGAUUUACAUGAUGAGGAUAGUCCAAAUUAUUUAGGGAUAAAGAAUUUUGUACGUUUGGCUAUUAAGAAUGGUUCAGCAAACCGAUUGCUUAAACUUACAACGAACCCUUUGCUUGAUUUUGACUUUAUGAUGGGUAACAGAUCUGAACUACGUUCAGAUGAUGAUUUGGCACAGUUUUCGUACCACUUGGACUCACUAGUUAAUGUUGUAAAUUCCAAUGGGAAACCCUUGAGAGAAGCCUGCAGUAAUGAAUUUGCAGUUUUGGAUAACAGUGCAAAGUUGAGCCUAGUGAAGUCCAAUAAUUGGGACAUAUCAACAUAUAAAUCUUUGCUACUCUCUGUCAUUGACAAAUUUAUGAAGCUUCAGUUGAAUAAGUCAAUUUUGCUGGACAGAAAAGCUUUGAGGCUGUACUAUGAUUGUAUUACCAAUUUACUAAAAUUGUUGACACAAUUAAUCACUGGAAAUGAAAGCAAUUUCGCUGACAAGUUCCACUUGCUUAUUCAGGUUUGCAGUUACUACAUGCACCUUCGAAAUCUAGAUACAGAUAUUUUAGAGCUUAUUCAGACGAAGUUUUUGAGUUGCAUUUUUCACUUCUUGGAGUUAUCCGAGGAAUUGAAAAUAAACUUGAAUUUGCUUCAUGUUUCAGACGAAGAUAAAGAGCCAUUAUUGGUAAAUUUCAUCAUUCAAGGAAUUCAGAAGUCGAAAUCAUCAUUGCUUUUGGAAAGUUGGAUAUCUUUAUUGACGAGGUCCCUCUACCUUUUUAACGAGUCUGUUUUCAGUGUCUUAUUGCAGCUAAAUGAUUCUCUUAUAUCCAAGACUGACUACUUCUUCAAGAAAUUAACAAAUUUUGAGCACUUCGAUGAAUCAGAAGAUAUGGAGGUGUCAAUGAAUAUCUUGAUUUCUGGGUUGGAGGAUCUCUUAUCAAUCAGUCAUAGCUUCUUGCUUACAUCUAAGUUGAGGGCUAAUGUAGAUAAAUCAUAUCAUACUAACGCUGAAUCUGGAUUCUUGAACACAGUUAUUCUGGGUGUUUUUCUGAUAGAGUCUCCAGCAAUAAGAACAAUAGAGCAGAAUAAACUAUAUUCCAUAUUACUAUCUUUCCAAGAUUCUGUGAAUUUAUGCUUCCAAAUCUGGAACUGGUCUGAUUCUAAACCACAAAUAGAGCCUAAUUGCACAAUUAUUGCAGAUAGGUCGUUGACUUAUGUUGGACAUAAGCUCAAAUUUCGGGCCCGGAAGUUGCUAGAGUCCCUCAUGGAUUUGGAAAAACAAGAAGUAAUAGAAACAUUGGUUUCCAUUUCACCUACAAUGUCUCCUGCAAUCAAGUUACUCAACAUUUUAGAUGGGGGAAGAUCUCAGGUUACCUUGCCAUUCAUUUUUGACUCUAUUGUUUCCAGAUGUAAUCCUCAACUUUUGGAAGAGUCCCGUAGGGCGUCUUUGAAUAUUCCAAUUUCCGAGAAAGCGUUGUCGAAGUUUUUGGUCGAAUAUUUUCAAUCUAUUGACAAUGAUACCAUUAUUGACGUAUGGGCACCUUCUAUUCAAUUUUUAAGGGAUUCUUUGUCUCACAGUGUGAAAUACCACACUAUAUACCCUGACUGCUUGAAGAUUUGUGACAUUCUUUCUCAAAAAGCCAACAACUCAAAAUUGCGAGAACAAAGAAAGUAUAGAAAGGAACUCUCCGAUGUAUUCAUUAAAUUAUUCAAUAAUACUGUCAGUAGUAAAUCAGCUGGAAUGACUCAAGAUUUGGAUAGAGAAAGCGAUGAUGAAGAUAGCAAAGUUCCAAGCAAAAUUGAAAUCCCAUUAGUUCAGCUUGAUGAUGUUUUGGAUUCUCUCAAUGUUGUGAUUCCAAACUUGGACACCAUUAUUGAAGACUCUGAUAAGGCUUCUUCUUGUAUCAAUACUCUCAUUUCUCAUUUGAUAUCUCCUCAGAUAAAAGCCAAAAAAGUUGACGAAGUAUCUUUGAAGGCUCUUACGCUUUUAGAUAUUGUUGGUAAAUUUCAUCCUAAUAGAUCAUGGAAAGUACUUGUAUAUGAUUCAUUUAUGGAUCAAAGCUUUUUCAAUUCAAAUUCCAAUAAGUUCAAGUUUUGGGAUUCAAUUAUUGGAAGUUGGAUAUCCAAUGAAAAGGAAAAAUUUACAGAGAUGAUACAAAAGAUUACCCCUACUGUUGCAUCAACUUCGAGUAACCUUUUUAUUUGGAAUGAAAACUCAGAAGUUGAUCUCAAAAUCAAUACAAUCAAGAGAAUUACAUAUUUGAUAGUAGUUCAACCAAUUGAUUAUUUCCUCAAUCAAUUGGAUGACCUUUUUGAUAGAAUCGAGUAUUCGCUCAACACCUCUUGUCCUCCAAGCUACAAUUCCCAGAUUACAACAUUGCUAAGAGCAAUUACUCUCAAGUUUAGUGAAUUGCAUUUGCUCCCUCAUUGGACAAUAAUAACUCAGGAAUUAUCCUCCAUAUUGGAACCUUUCUGUGGGAGGAACUCCAAAGAGCUAAGAAAUAUAUCAGACGAUAACUUGAAAUUGCUUUUGUUUGGUUGCAAAUUAUUAGACCAGUUAUUGCUAUUGGGCUACGAUGAAUUUAAUUUGAACGAGUGGCUCUUUGUCUCAAGCAGUCCCGAAAUUAUCGCAAAUGGUACGAAGAGCAAUAUUAUUGCUCUUGUAGAUAGAAUUGCUAAUGAAAGCGAUUUAUUCUUCUCAAAAGAAGAAUCUAUCAGGAUUGAGCAACCACAAGGUACUCUUUUACCGCUACUUAGAGGAAUAACAAGUAUCUCGAGUGUUGUUAAUUUGAGACAAUUUUUUGAGUCCUUUAGUUUGAUCAACUAUGAGAGAACCUUUGGUUUGAGUGAAGUAGAUAUUGAUACCUGUCUACUUGAUAUACAAAAUGAUCUUAAGUAG